AUGGAGCAUGAGGAGCGCCGCACUCUGGUCUCCAUGGUCUUGGGCAGAAAUGUGCCUGACAGCUACUUCUUGUCCGAUGAGCGUGAGGCGCGGCGCCUUCAAGAAUGGGUGGGCCCACGCAUUGCUGCAGGCCACCCUUGGCCCGACAAGGUCAUGAAGUAUGCCAUGGAUCCAGGCAUCGGCCGCAACUCGCGACGAGCUCUGCUGUCGGCCAUGGAAGAGAUCGUGGAGAAGAGCUGCGUCACUUUCCAGGAGGUGCCGUUUGACUAUACUGGAGGUCCUUAUGUGCAGAUGAUCUCAUCGGAGGAGGGAUGUUGGUCUGGAGUUGGCAGCGGCAGAAACAUCCGGCUGAACAUGGGCACAGGCUGCAACACCCACCUGACAGCCGUGCACGAGAUUCUGCAUGCCUUGGGUCAGAAGCACGAGCAAUCCCGACCCGACCGGGAUCACUUCCUCGACAUCCGUUGGAACAAUAUCAUCGACGAGAACUUGCACAACUUCGAGAUUUCCGACUAUGGCUACACUGGCCGGCCAUACGAUUACAUGUCCAUCAUGCACUACUCUCGCUUCGCAUUUGCCAAGAACUCCAUUGCGGCGGAUAUGUUGGUCUCCUGGACAUUGAACCAGCUGGGGAAACUUGGGAUCGACACCCAGGAUUCGACACUCCAGCCUCGCAACAGCAUGUACAACGGCAAGCUCGGCUCGAGUCAGAUAAUGUCAGACGGAGACGCCGAGCAGCUUCAAGACAUGUACCAGUGCAACAAGGUUGCCGUCAGCAGCGAGGGUAGCCCUGGGAUGGGCCUGCAAUGGGAGCUGGAUACCUUCAGCCCGGAAGCAAUCAUCACCGAAGACUGGUUCAAAGUCGGCACAGGAGUCGAGUCCAUGCCGGUGCAUUGCAAUGCAGGCUAUGCAGUUACCUCCUGCACGUGCUUUCACAAGGACGGCGAGUGCCGAGGGGCACUUGUGACGGAGGUGGCUGGUGGUGGCACCUGCGUGGCAACCCCAUCCAAGGACGAGACGCGAGAUGCCAAAGCUCAUGCCCUCUGCGUGAAGCUUGCUUCACCACACUACAGUGUGUCGCUGCUCUCUGCCGAGCGCUCCGGCGUCGCCGAGCAGAGCUGCGCUUCGAACUAUGUCCUUGCUGGCUGCAGCUGCUCCGCGAGGGCUGGGCAGCACUGCCUGGUGGCUCCUUCCGAUGACGGCACAAAAUGUGUGGCAGAGGGACCGGACGGGAUCGUUCAGGUGCAGGCGCACUGUAUCCGGUCCUUGGCCAUCCGGCAGGUCACCGUCGCACGGGGCACGUUGUGGUACCAGGAGAGCAUCGCCAGGUGCACCAACAACUAUCAGCUGUUAGGGAAUUGGAGAGUGCUCUGCGAGCCAUCGACCGGAAAUCGGCAUGCCGGCCGGUCCUCUGCACUUGUCCAGAAGAAGCGACGGGGAAGUUGUGGAAAGUUCGGCAAUUUUUCCACGCCUGCCGAUCUCGGUAUCCGAAUCAAGACCCAGAGGCAUGAAAUGAUUUUGCCUGUGCACUUUCAGUUCAGAGCGGAGGCAGGCUAA